GUCGGCACCUCACUUUGCUCUCGCGCCUCUCGGUGUUUCUGGAGUUUAGUUACCCACCAAAAUCCGAAACUCAAAAAAGCAACCCAAAACCCAAAGCUCUCUCAAUCAAUAUUAGAGAGGCCAAACUCUAAUCUAGAACUUUCUAUCGAGCCAAACGCGGCGUCGUUUCUGCACUACCAGCUUAUACUGUAGCAGUACAAGUUGUAGAGUAUGGGAGAUAGUGAGACAGUAGUAACUGAACCAUCUGCAGUUAUGGAUUAUACAGCGGCUGGCUAUCCUUCUACUGGCUAUGCUGAUGCCAUUUCAAAUGUUGUUCCUGGUCCCGGUGUUUACACUGCAGAGGGUACUGGGAAUUUCACUGCUUCUUUUGUUGCAGCGCAGGCAGCUUAUACUGGAAAUGCAUAUGGUACAGAUUCUACUUCUGUUGUGCUAGAUGGUCAUGUAGAGGCAACACAUGGGACAGAGGCAGUUGUUGGAAUGGACAGUACUACUAACAAUGCAGCUGUGGCAGAAAAUGCAUCUAUUGCGCCACCUCAAGCUUCUGGGUAUGAUUCAGCUGUAAAUGGAAACAUCGGUGCUGAAGCUGGAGUUGUGGUAUCAGUUGAGAAUGGAAAUGCUGGAGAGGUUGUGGGUGGAGCUGAUGCUGUGCAACAGUUCGUGGAUGGUUCUGUGCCAGAAAUGUCAGCUGAAGAAGACCGGCUGUGGAACAUUGUGAAGGCUAAUUCUUUGGAUUUUGAUGCAUGGACUGCCUUAAUAGAUGAGACAGAGAAGGUGGCUGGGGACAAGAUAUUGAAAAUUCGAAAAGUGUAUGAUGCUUUUUUGGGUGAAUUUCCAUUGUGUUAUGGAUAUUGGAAGAAGUAUGCAGAUCAUGAAGCACGCCUUGGUUUUAUGGACAAAUUUGUGGAGGUCUAUGAACGGGCUGUUCUCGGGGUCACGUACUCGGUGGACAUUUGGUUGCACUAUUGCAUGUCUGCCAUAUCCAUGUAUGGAGAUCCAGAAACCAUUAGAAGGCUUUUUGAGCGAGGAUUAGCUUAUGUUGGAACAGAUUAUCUGUCUUACCCCCUUUGGGACAAGUACAUCGAAUAUGAAGAGGUGCAUGCAGAGUGGGGCCGUGUUGCCAUGAUUUAUACCCGGAUAUUAGAGAUUCCUAACAGAAAGCUGGAUGAUUAUUUCAAUAGAUUUAAGGCUUUUGCUGCAAGUCGACCUUUAGCAGAAUUAAGGACUGCUGAGGAAGCAGCUGCUGCUGCUGCUGCAGCACGUACACUUCUGGAGGAUGGUGGCCAAGCAGAUGAGGGAGAGGUCCAUCCUGAUGCAGCUGAACUGCCUUCUAAACCUGUAAGUGCUGGCUUAGGAGAAGCAGAGGAGUUGGAGAAGUAUAUCGCCGUUAGAGAAGAGAUAUAUAAGAAAGCUAAAGAGUUCGAUUCUAAGAUCUCUGACUUUGAAAAUGCUAUUAGGAGGCCCUACUUUCAUGUGCGGCCCCUUAAUGUCGCAGAGCUUGAAAAUUGGCAUAACUAUUUGGAUAUGAUAGAAAGAGAGGAUGACUUCAAUAAGGUGGUCAAGCUAUAUGAAAGAUGCAUAAUAGCAUGUGCCAAUUAUACCGAGUAUUGGAUACGCUAUGUCUUGUGCAUGGAAGCCUAUGGGAAUAUGGAUCUUGCAAAUAAUGCUCUCGCUCGUGCAACUCAAGUAUUUGUCAAGAGACAACCAGAGAUUCACCUUUUUGCGGCGCGCUUCAAAGAGCAAAAUGGGGAUAUACCUGGUGCUCGAGCUGCAUACCGAGUUGUGCAUGCUGAAAUUGCCCCUGGUCUUCUUGAAGCAAUCACUAAGCAUGCAAACAUGGAGCAUCGGUUGGGGAAUCUUGAAGAUGCCUUCUCCUUAUAUGAGCAGGCCAUAGCCAUUGAAAAGGGAAAAGAGCAUUCACAAGUGCUGCCAGCAUUGUAUGCACAAUAUGCCCGGUUCAUAUAUUUGGCAUCAAAAAAUGUAGAGAAAGCGAGAGAGGUUCUAGUGGAAGCACUUGAGAAUGCCCAAUUUUCAAAGCCACUUCUUGAGGCCCUGAUACAUCUCGAGACAUUUCUGCCACAGCCGAAACGAAUCGAUUAUAUUGAUUCGUUGGUUGAUAACUUCAUUUUGACCAGCUCGGACAGUGUCAAUGCUGCUAGUGCUUCUGAGAGGGAAGAGCUGUCUUGCAUUUUCUUGGAGUUUUUAGGUAUCUUUGGAGAUGCUCAAUCUAUAAAGAAGGCUGCUGAUCGGCAUGCCAAGUUCUUCUUACCCCACAGUAGCAAGUCAGAAUUGAAAAAGCGCCAUGCAGAGGAUUACCUUUCUUCGGAUAGGGAAAAAAUAGCCAAACCCUACUCUGAUGCCACCUCACCCGCGCAGUCUCUGAUGGGGGCAUACGCAAGUGCACAAAAUCAAUGGACAGCUGGUUAUGGCUUACAGCCUCAAGCCUGGCCACCAGCCACACAAGUACAGGCGCAACAGUGGACUCCAGGCUAUAACCAAGCUGCAUAUGGUGGUUAUGGAGGCAGCUAUACUAGCCCUCAAGUUCCUACAUCAGGUGCACAAGGUGCUGCUUAUGGUGCUUAUCCUCCUACCUAUCCUGCCCAGGCUUUCCCGCAACAGAGUUACGCGCAGCCACCAGCAGCAGCAUUGACUCCAGCGCAGCAGCCAGCCUCUGUUCCACAACCUUACUAUGGGAGUUACUACUGAUCUGGCAGGAAUUAUCCUGCGUGUAUCCUUCUCUUCCUUUGUGCCCAUCUCUUUGCUGAAUCUACUCGUAACAUUGGGUUUUUUUUUUGGAACAAGGGGCAGCAUGGUGUGGUGUAGGAAAAAAUGCAGACAAGGGAGAGGAAGAUGAGAAAGUAAUCUCUGUAGGUAGCGGUUGUACUUAGGUGAACGAUUAAGAUCUUUUGCCCUUAUCCCUCCCCCCGUGUUCAUAACAUUUGUCUUGCACACGUACAAGAACGUAAAUAUGCUCGGAAAAUGGUUGAUUCCUUUAGUUAGUUGGUCUCAAAUCCUCUCGAUUUUGGUGGUGGUUCACGCAACUAAACUCCUGUUGAUGGUGGUUGUGCUUGCUGUGAGUGUCUCAGGGAGUAUUUUUAGUUUAGAUCAGUGUGCGGGUCGUGUUAAAUCUCUCUUUUUUAUUUAAUAUGUAAGAAGAAAUGUUUAGGCAAAUUAAAACAAAUUAUAAAAGCUAACUGAGUGAAUUUGUCA